GAAAAGCGCUGGGAGGAAGUGUGUAUAAUGUGUGCUCGUUAGCUCCGUGUUCUGUGUUCUGAAGUUCUACUGGAGUUCUACAGGAGCGGGUCUGGAGAUGACCGCGGAUCUGGAGCGGACCCCCCGGACUCUGCUGACCGUGGAUCGGUCCAGUUUCCGGGACGAGAAGAACCGGUUGAGCGCGCAGGUGGAGCAGCUGCACUUCAACCACAAGGUGUCUGUGCUGCUGCCUGAGUGUAGCUCCGCCCCCUCUCACCUGGACGCAGCAGUCAACAGUUUCAGCAGUUUCUACCUGAUCAGGAAGCUGAACGUAUAUGAGCUGCUGGACAAACACUUCCUGGAGACCGCGGUGUACCACGGAGGCGUGUGUGGUCUGUCCUACAGGAUGAGGCUCGAUGAAGAUAACUGUGUCGCUCUGACGUCAGACGGUCACCUGUCUCUCUCUCUGGAUAAAGACUCCUUUGAGCUUUUGGGCGUUGAGGGGAAACCAUCCAGAUUCAACCACAGAACCAGCAGCAGAUUCGUGGUGUCUGUAGAUUUGACUGACAGCAGCAUGGCUCCAGGGGGGCGGGGCUACCAGCGACUCGUCACAGGUCUGACAUCACGCCUUCACCUGCAGACCGACUUCCUACUGUCACUUCCUCCAGGGGGCGGAACCUGUGUGACGGCCCUCCUGUCGCGUUACGAUUGGUCGGAGCACAGACCGGAGGUGAGCCGCCGUUACCUGCCCGCGCUGCCCCGCCCCCUGCUGACCUCUGACCUGCAGGCAUGUGACCCUCACAGCCUCCUGGAGUGGCUGGGCGCCGUGGACGCCGACGUGAGCUGCGAGAACUCGUCCAGCAGCUUCCUGUCCACGCUGACGUGCCCUGAGCCGAAGACGGCAGCGAGCGGAGCACUGAUCGUGUCCGUCAGUGGGCUGCUGCGUCCCGCCGAUGUCCUGCAGCUCGUCCAGCAGCUCAGGUCUCACCUGGAGCGGUCUCCGGCGGCGUCCUGGGUGGCGCUGACCGUUCACGGUUUUGUUGAUAGUCCAGUGUCGUGGGGUGGUGCCGAGCACGGCGUCCUGAGAGGAGGAGAGAACUUCUACAGUCUGCUGCUGUUCAGAGACCAGAGCUACCUGCUGCACUUGGCCGCUGGUGCUCAGGACGCCUGCCCGCCCUGAUGAUGUCAUCAGGCGCCAGGCGGGUUCGGGAAACCAAAAUAUCUAUUCCCUUAUUGUUUAUAUUUUCAUUAUUUUGUAAUUACUUUUUACUUGUAUGAAUAUUUAAUUUGUUGAAACAGUGAAAGUUUGUUUUACCAGCAUUUAGAAAUAUUUCAGUAAUAAAUAAUAAAACAAUGAU